AUGGUCCAAAUGCUGUGGGGAUGGGUGUGUCUAACCAGAGACAAACACAGCUGCCCAGAGAGGGUCAGGCAGGCAUGCCUGCUGCUGCUCCAGGUCUCCCCCGUCCCCAGGCCCAAGAUGACACCCAACAGCACCAGGGAGGUGCCCAGCCCCGUUCCUGCAGGGGCCCUGGGGCUCUCCCUGGCCCUGGCAAGCCUCAUCGUCGCUGCCAACCUGCUCCUGGCCCUGGGCAUCGCCGGGGACCGCCGCCUGCGCAGCCCGCCCGCUGGCUGCUUCUUCCUGAGCCUGCUGCUGGCAGGGCUGCUCACCGGGCUGGCGCUGCCCGCGCUGCCCGUCCUGUGGAGCCAGAGCCGCCGGGGCUACUGGUCCUGCCUCUUCCUCUACUUGGCUCCCAACUUCUGCUUCCUCUCCCUUCUCGCCAACCUCCUGCUGGUGCACGGGGAGCGCUACAUGGCCGUGCUGCGGCCCCUGCGGCCCCGCGGGAGCAUGCGGCUGGCCCUGCUCCUCACCUGGGCUGCCCCCUUGCUCUUUGCCAGCCUGCCUGCCCUGGGCUGGAACCACUGGGCGCCUGGUGGCAACUGUAGCUCCCAGGCCGUCUUCCCAGCCCCCUACCUCUACCUCGAAAUCUAUGGGCUCCUGCUGCCGGCUGUGGGUGCAGCCGCCCUCCUCUCGGUCCGCGUGCUGGUCACUGCGCACCGCCAGCUGCAGGACAUCCGCCGGCUGGAGCGGGCCGUGUGCCGCGGGGCGCCCUCAGCUCUGGCCCGGGCCCUCACCUGGCGGCAGGCCAGGGCGCAGGCCGGGGCCACGUUGCUCUUUGGGCUGUGCUGGGGCCCCUACGUGGCCACCCUGCUGCUCUCUGUCCUGGCUUUUGAGCAGCGCCCGCCACUGGGGCCUGGAACUCUGCUGUCCCUCGUCUCACUGGGCAGCGGCAGUGCGGCGGCUGUGCCCGUGGCCAUGGGGCUGGGUGAUCAGCGCUACACGGCCCCCUGGAGGGUGGCCGCCCAGAGGUGGCUCCGGAUGCUGCGGGGCAGACCCCAGGGCAGUCCUGGCCCCAGCACCGCCUACCAUACCAGCAGCCAAAGCAGCGUGGACCUCGACUUGAACUAG